AUGGCGAGAACAUUGGAAGCAGAGAGAGCAGAAAAAGCAGAAAUCGCUGAGCAACUUAAAAAGUUACAAGCGGUAGUAGCUUCUUUGCAAGCGUCUAAGGAAACCAUUCCGUCGGAUGAAAAAGACGAAACAGAAGAAGCAAGUGUGGACUUAGAAGUUGUACCAAUUGCUUCAAGCACUCGGCGACCUGCUAAAACGAUUGGAACCUUGGAUGAAUCACGAUUUCUGUCAUCCGUGAAUCAAUUAUCGAUUUCGUCAAUAACAGUUCCAGAAUGUAAGCCUCUCGCAGGAGACGAUGAGAUUCACAGACAUACCUUUGAGAUGUGGAAGGACCUACUCAUCGACUGUAUGGCUCUGGCUGGAAUAGAGGACGAAGCGACGAAGUUCACUGUUUUCAAGCUAUACUUCGGAUCUAGCUCCGACGUGAUGUUCCAAAGACGGAAAUUGGCUUUGAUGGAGCAAAAGUCAGAUGAGUCUGAUUUAGCGUUUAUUACACGAGUUGGAGAAACGGCACAGCUAUGCGACUUUGAUAAGACAAAGGAAUUUGAGGAAAUUGUUAAGACAAUUGCAGAACAUGCGAAGAGUAAGGAGGUGAGAGUGGCAGCGUUGAAAAUGGUUAGCCGAAAUGGAACAUUCACAAACUUGGUGGACAAAGUUCGUGAGAUACAGGCAAUACGUAUGAACGAAGACUUUUUCGCUGUCAAGCACAGACGAAGCGAAUCUACUGUGGAAGUAGCAAUACUAGCUCCGGUGAAGGCUGAAUUUCGAAAUCCACCAUCAUCACGAAGAAUCUACGAGCAACGAGCGGACAAUCGAUAUCUACCUUACAAUAGGAACUAUCCACGUUACAACCAACGGUUUCCUCAACAGACGGGAUGGCGUGGAAACAGGGCCGGGAUGAACAAUCGAAACGUAGGACACAUCCAACGCGCUUGCUUACUCGCUGGGAGUUCGAUUACCAAGCGGAAAACAAACCAAGACAUUUAUGAAACAGAAACGAAACAGGCGAAGAUAGAAGCAGUGGAAGAGAAAGAGGCCCCACCGAAGGCAACAGAACAAGCAAAUGUUCCGGAUAGGUGCGACUGGGACACGGAUCGAUUUGUGAUUGCUACGAUUGGAACGAAUGCUGAAUCGGGAAUCAUUACUGCACAGGUGGCUGGUAUGCAGUGCGAUUUCCUAAUCGACUCCGGAGCUCAGGUAAAUACGCUUGUCGAGAACAUCUACAGGAUCAUGAGAAGCAAUGAGAGGUAUAGUAAGGAAAUGUAUAAUAUUAGAGAAGGAUCAGAUCGAUCGCUGAAGGCUUAUGCUUCGGAAGGGGAGAUUAUGGUCUUGGCUACCUUUGAAGCGUUCCUGUUUAUUUCCGAUGAUCGUCCAGUGCACCUUGAGACGUUCUAUGUCGUCAAAAAUGCACAUCGUUCCUUGCUUGGCAGAUCUACUGCUCUGAGAUACAGUGUACUGAAGCUUGGUUUCAGUGUUCCUGUUUUGGAAGAAGCUAAUUCGGUGGAAAACGGGUUGACUUUGGCUACAGUUGCAUUGAGCGAGCCAUUCCCAAAAUUUAAUUUGCCUCCGGUGAAAAUUGAUUACGAUAAGUCGCGGCCACCUUGCCGCAAUAUAUUUUCUAAUAUACCACAAGCAAUGAAACCCAUGGUAGAGAAAAGGCUUCUAGAACUUAUCGCAGCGGACAUAAUCGAACCAGUAACGCAGGGUAUGGACGUAUCAUUUUGCUCGUCAAUGCUUGCUAUUCCUAAAGGCAAGCACGAUAUCCGCUUAGUGAUCGACCUUAGGGGUCCUAAUAAGUACAUACAAAGGACACCCUUCGCCAUGCCGACACUCGAAUCAAUAUUACCAGAGUUGAACGGUGCUGCAUGGUUCUCAACCAUAGACAUGUCUAAUGCGUUUUUCCAUGUCGAAUUAGACAGAGACUCCAGGCACCUCACAAACUUUUAUACAGAGUUUGGAUUAUUCAGAUGUGUCCGGCUACCGUUUGGAUUAUGUAACGCGCCGGACAUAUUCCAGGAGGUGUUGCAGAGGGUUAUUUUGGGAGGCUGCUCUGGAGUGAAGAACUACCUGGACGACAUCCUUGUAUUCGGGUCUACCAAGGAAAUUCAUGAUGCCAAUCUAGAGGAGGUCCUAAACCGUCUACGACAACAUAACGUCAAACUGAAUGAUUCCAAAUGCGUCUUCAGUAGUCAAGCGGUUCAAUUCGUGGGAUUUUUGCUAACUUCGAAUGGGUGGAGCGUGACUGAUGAAAAAGAUGAGGGCUAUCCAGAGCUUUAG